UCUGAUCUAUUCCCGGAUCGGAUCAUUCCUGACGAUUUGAUCGAAUUGAAAUGGUUCGCGUGAGCAAUGCGAUCAUCGCUUUCCUCAACUUCCUCACCCUAAUCGUCGCCGUCGUAGGGAUCGGCGCGGCGGUAUGGAUCCAGUUCAACCCUAGCGCCACCCUGUGCCAGAAGGUCCUCCAGAAGCCGUUCGUCAUCUUAGGCCUCUCCCUUCUCGUCGUCUCCUUGCUCGGCUUGAUCGGCUCCUGUUUCCGCGUCUCCUUUUUUCUCUGGAUAUAUCUCACCGUCAUGUUCCUCAUCAUCCUCGGCGUCCUCUGCUUCCUGUUUUUCACCAUCAUCAUCACCAACAAGCGGGUCGGAACCGCUCUCUCCGGCAAGGGCUACAAGGACGCUCGCCUCGGGGAUUACUCCCAUUGGUUGCAGAAGUAUGUUGUGAAUGCUCAAAAUUGGGAUCAGAUUAAGAGCUGCUUGAUAGAUAUCCAGCUCUGCCAGCAUCUCGCCAACGGCAAGAACGCUGACUUUUACAAGCAUAGCCUCUCUGCUACUCAGUCGGGUUGCUGCAAGCCGCCCACUUACUGCGGCUUUGAGUUCCACAACGCCACCUACUGGACGACGCCGAAAGCGGGGCCGGCGGUGCCGCACCAAGACUGCAAGAAGUGGAGCAACGUCCAGACGGAGCUGUGCUUCGAGUGCGAGUCCUGCAAGACGGCGGUGCUGGAAAACCUCCGGAAACAGUGGAAGAAACUGGCCAUCAUCAACUCCUGCAUCCUCGCCUUCGUCCUCGUCGUCUACUCCGUUGGAUGCUGUGCUCUCAAGAACAACAGUAGAAGCAGAUACGACAAGUACAGAGGAGGCUUCUACCCAUGAUGAUAUCAUCUAAUCAUAUUGUCUCAUCAGAAUCAUCAUCAUUUGCUCAUGUUUAUUCAUUAUUUGAUUUGAUUUUAUUUGUCAUUAUGCCGGAAAACUCAAAUCAAUAUAUCCAUUCUAUCAACACUUGCAAUUACACACA